GCGUCAGACCAUGCAUUCACGGGUCACUAUGGAGGAAAUUCGGUUCCUGACUCAAAGGGAAUACUGUGCCGUCUCCCUCCGAGCAUUACAAGGAAUGGUAUGCUGAUUCAGUGCUGUCUGCAUUAAAAACAAAUAUUGACCCAGGUUGGAUAUGACAGGAGAGAUGAGGUUCUCACUGUCGACCACGCCCCCUGACUUUGUGAAGCUCCGUCGCAACAUCCAUCAAGCCCCCAUCUCAUUAAUGGUGGUGAAAUAAGAUUUUCAAUUGACUCUCGUAGCCCCACAUGAAACUUAUAUGAUGAAUGAAAAUAAGAUGUGCCCUGUUCCAUAAAUUGAGACAGAGGUGCUUCCUGUUGUCCCUGGCCCUGCUGCUGCUGUGUCUGCUGAAGCUGUUCUACGUUAAAGUCACUUUGAGGAACAGCUUCUACAUCGAACCCUAUGGACUCACAGACCGCUCCUCACAGAACCCCAACCACCAGUACAAUAUCAACUGCACCGCCAUCUACCAACUGGACCCUGUGGAGGUAGGGAAGUCAUUGGAGAUCAGACGCAAAGUCAUAGUGGACCUGGAGGAUGACCGCCUCGUGUCUUUAACCUCAGACUGUCAGAGGUACAUCGAGACAAGAGGAUAUGACGUCAUCCCAGUGUCGGAAGAGGAGCGGGGGUUCCCGCUGGCGUACUCCCUGGUGGUGCAUAAGAACGCUGCCAUGGUCGAGAGGAUCUUCAGGGCCACCUACGCCUCUCACAACCUCUACUGCAUUCACUAUGACCAGAAGUCCUCUCAGAGCUUCAUAGCAGCCAUGAGGAACCUGGCUCACUGCUUCCCUAACCUCUUCCUGGCCUCCAAGCUGGAGUCAGUGCAGUACGCCCACAUCACACGGCUUAACGCAGACCUCAACUGCCUCAACGACCUGUUAGAAAGGUCAGAGGUCAAGUGGAAGUAUGUCAUCAACCUCUGCGGCCAGGACUUCCCCCUCAGGUCGAAUGGUGAGCUGGUGUCGGAGCUGCAGGCGCUGAACGGUGCCAACAUGCUGGAGACCUCCCGUCCCAGCGAGCUGAAGAAACAGCGCUUCCGUUUCCAGCACCAGCUGAAGGAUGUGCCCUACGAGUACCGCCGCAUACCCGUCCGAACCACACAGGCCAAGGCGCCGCCGCCUCACGACAUUGAGAUGUUCAUCGGCAGCGCCUACUUCGUCUUGUCCCGUGACUUUGUCCUGUUCGUGGAAACCAGCCGGGUGGCGAGGGACUUCCUGGAAUGGUCAGCUGACACUUACUCUCCGGAUGAACACUUCUGGGCAACGUUGACGAGAAUCCCCGGUGUACCGGGAGAGAUUUCCCGGUCUGCCCCAGAUGUAACAGACUUGAAGAGUAAGACACGUCUGGUGAAAUGGAAUUAUCUGGAAGGGUCUCUGUACCCUCCCUGCACUGGGACUCACAUGAGGAGUGUCUGUAUAUAUGGGGCUGCAGAGCUGCGAUGGUUGCUGAACUAUGGCCACUGGUUCGCUAACAAGUUUGACCCCAAAGUUGACCCGGUGCUUAUCAAGUGUUUAGAGGAGAAACUAGAAGAGAAACGUAGGCAAUGGGAGAAGAAGUGAAGAAUUGAAAAGGAAAAACAUCUGUAAAUGAAAUGGGAUGGGAGAAUCAGUUCAUUUGUUGGUUUAUAUGGAAGAUCUACCCAGUCUGCAGAUGAGGUACUCCAGAUCAACUAACUGCAAGGAAUAAGUCAAAUUCUGCAGUGGCAGGAUUUUCUUGUUUUACAAAAAAUAACUUUUAUGUCUAUUGAAUACUAGUUCAAACUAAGUUGAACCCCGCUGAAAAUGAAGUGUUGAAGUUCAAUUGAACUGUUCGAAUAAAAGGCUUCACCCAACCGCUCUUUAAUGAUGUCCAAGAUGGACGUUUCAGAGGAUAGUGAAACAAGACGAUCAAUGGCCAAAAUAUCUACACUGCUAGUUCUGUCACGGAUAUCGCAAAGAACUUGUCACAUGUUGCAAUAACACCUAAUGGAAUGUUUCAUCUUGAUACCAGAUACAAUGAGAAAUGCAUGUAGAUUGAGUAGACGGUCAUUUAUGUUAUUCUCUAAGAUGCUGUCACGUAGGUAAAAGGCUACACUCUUUACCAAACCAACAAUACCAAAGACACUCGACUGUAACAAAACGGCACAUCAAAGCUGGAUGUCAGGUUUUUAUACAUUUUCAUGGAAACACUUAUUUUUUGUAUUAGUAUUUUAGUAUUAAGAAUUAGUAUUAAGAAUUAGUAUUUUAGUAUUAAGAAUUAGUAUUUUAGUAUUUAUCAUCUAAAUGAUAGUAUCUAUUUGUAGAGAAGGGAGUUUGAUACAGCAGUAAUGCAACAAGGUUUAUAUCUCUUAAUAAGUAUAAAUGAUUUGUUUCUUAAUACAUCUAUCACUUUGAA